AUGGGCACAGCGCUUUCUGUCUCCCCAAUGAUGCGGGACGAAGAAAAUGAACGCAAGAGGAAAAUUCUGGUCAAACCCAGGUUGAUUGUUUCAGCCUUUGGUUUCAAACUAGAUAAGCAGAAAAGUCGCAAGAAAGUUGACCCACAUCUUCAACAAUUUCAGAGCAACAAUGUCAAAGAAGAUUUGAAAGAAUCCACCCAAAUUUGUCCAGCACAGUCUGGAGAAAUCAGGACACCAUCCAAAAAACUAAAACAGACCAAACAGCUGAUGGACGUGCAGAAGAACCAAUCAAGCCACCAGUUCUUCACAUCUCCAGUCCACUUUAUUAUCCAAACCUCUACAGGUGAGCUACUGCUGUGUCUGGGUCGAUUCCUGUGCCGUCGCUGCCUUAAAAUUUCUGAUCUCACCUUAAAUCAGGUCACCGGCUGGGUCAGGAAUGUAGACAGGACUCUCCUGAUGCAGGGAUGGCAGGAGGAAAACUUUAUAACAUCGCCCAUCCUCGUUUUCGUCUACCUGCUGUGCCGGGAAACCGUGGACGAGGACCUUACAAGUUCAGAUGAUCUAAAAGGCAUCUUUCUCACCUGCCUGUACCUGACCUACGCCUACCUGGGCGCGGAGAUCUCAUACCCGCUCCAGCCCUUUAUUACCAAGGCCAAUAAGGAUGUGUUCUGGCAGCUGGCUCUGAGGGUGAUCGAUAAACUCAGCUCUGAAAUGCUGAGGAUUAACAUGGACCCACAGUUCUUCACUGAGGUUUUCCAGGAGCUGAAAAAUGAGGGCAAGGUGACAUGCAGGAAUGAUCUCGACCGCUGA